AUGGCCACCAAGCGACCCCACUCCGAUACUCUCGACGAAUCUCCGUCGAAGAAAAGGAGGAAGAGUCAGGAAGCACAGACUAGCGAAGCGCAGACUGCCGAAGCGCCUCGCCGUGACACCCAAGAACUGGGAUUCAAAAUGCCCCGCAAAGUGUACCUGUCUAAUGUUGUAGAACCUUUGGAGGAGCUUUAUCUCAAGGGGAAGCUCCUCGGACAGGGUGGUUUUGGAGCUGUCUAUGCCGGAAGUCGGAAGAGCGAUGGCCUCCCAGUGGCCAUAAAGUAUGCCAGAAAGGGUGGCAUGCAGAUAGAAAUGCUUGGAGUUGACGAGCCCAUCCCCAUGGAGGUGGCCAUAAUGACCCUCGUCAACCUUCCGACACCCUGCAAGAACGUGAUUAAGCUUAUCGACUGGUUUGUUGGGACCAAUGAAUAUAUUAUGGUUUUGGAAAGGCCGGACCCAUGCCUGGACCUCCACGAGUUCUGCAAUUCCAAAGGAGGAUUCCUAACUGAGGAAGAUGCUAAGCAUGUGCUGGUGCAGGUUCUCCGUGCUUUGCGUCACUGUCAGGAGGCUAACGUCCUGCAUCGAGACCUGAAGCCGGAGAACCUGUUAAUCAAAACAGACACUCUGGACGUCAUACUCAUUGAUUUUGGAUGUGGAGACGUCUGGAUGGAUGACUCCUACAGGGAAUUUGCAGGGACAAAUGCCUACGCUCCCCCAGAGUGGUUCCGCAAACGCAAGUACCGAGCUGGCCCCGCCACGGUCUGGUCGGUGGGGGUCACGCUCUUUGAGCUGGUGUGCGGCUACCUCCCCUUCCGCAGGAAGAGGGCACUCGUUUCUGGCCACUAUAAAUUCCCACCAUGGGUCUCUCCAAACUGUCGUAAUCUAAUAAAACAGUGCCUUACUGUUAAAGUGGCAGAUAGGCUGAGGAUGGAGGAGAUCGAGCUCCAUCCCUUUCUGAAGUAA